AUGUUCACAACAAAAUGUGCCAUGCAAAACAUCAGAAAUGUCGCAGUUGUUGGCUCUGGUCAUGGUUCAGGAAUUGCUCAAGUUUCAGCGAGUAGCGGACUUAAUGUGAUUUUGACGGAUGUUAAGCAAGAUUCGAUUGACAAUGCGAUGAAAUCGAUUCACAAAAGUUUGACACGAAUCUCAAAGAAACAAAGCGGCAGUGACAAGGAGAAAGCCGACUAUGUGACUCUCACAAUGUCUCGCAUCAAGACUAGUAACAAUGUGUCGACAGCUGUCACCGAUGCCGAUUUGGUGAUCGAAGCAGCCAUCGAGAACAUCGACUUGAAACGGGGCUUGUUCGCUCAAAUCGAGCAGUCGGCGAAAAAAGAUGCAAUUCUGACGACGAACACAUCAUCGUUGUGUCUUGAGGACAUUGCAAAGGGGAUUGAUGACAAAACUCGCUUUGGUGGUCUUCACUUUUUCAAUCCGGUUCCAAUGAUGAAGCUGCUCGAAGUUAUUCGAUCUGAUCAAACUUCCGAUGAAACUUAUGCGACAUUGAUUAAGUACGGAAAAGCGAUUGGAAAAACGACCGUCAGUUGUAAGGAUACACCCGGAUUCAUCGUCAACCGUUUGCUCAUUCCAUUCCUUUUUGAAGCUGUCAGGAUGUAUGAAAGAGAGGAUGCAUCAAUGACGGAUAUCGACGCAGCAAUGAGACUGGGAGCCAGUCACCCGAUGGGACCAUUUGAAUUGGCUGAUUACGUGGGUCUCGAUACUUGCAAGUUCAUUAUGGAUGGAUGGGCGACCAAGUAUCCCGACAACCCGACAUUUGCACCAAGCCCGCUUAUCGAUGCCCUAGUUUCCGAAGGAAAACUAGGAAGAAAAACUAAGGAAGGAUUCUACUCUUAUAAGAAA